AUGCCCUACAACACGCGCCGGAAGUCGCUCUCGCUGCCCUCACUCGGCAUACACCUCCCUGGAGCACCGCGAUCUGCGCGCUCACCGCCUUCGACAAGCGACACGCAGCACGUCGCGAAGAAGCAGAAACGCUCACAUUCCGGCUCCAGCGCAUCCUCGCUCGCAUCACUACCACCACCUCCCCCACGCCCAUCGACACUACGCUUCGAUGAGCAGCGGCCAAAGAGCUCAGGCCGAGUGGCAGACACCCCGCCACCUUCGCCAGGCGGCGAGUCUGGGUCAACAAAGGUCGACACCCAGGGCAUCGAUGAUGACAUCGUCGUCGGCGUCAUUGAGCAGCUCGAGAAGACGGGCAACCGACCGCAUCUGCUAAAGGAGCUUGCGACGGUUCUGUCGCCCACCAUUCCCAUAGUCGAAAGCUCGGCGAAUCCUGCCGCCAUUAUUUCGUCACGCCUGGCAACUUACCUCAAGCGCAACUGGACCGCCCUGUCGAGAUGCCCGCUCGACAAGAAGCUCGUCGGCACCCACCCCAAGCGUGUAUACUACUUCCUCUCCACGUGCCCCCACCAGCCGAUCCCUGCCGAUGCAGGCACUGUCCCAGCUGCAGCCCGUAUCAUUUCGCCCUCGCUAUCGUCCGCCACAUCCGAGGAAGAGGACAUGGAUGCGCGGUCACGAGACCGCAUGUCGCCUUCGCCCGAGUUGGACCUGUCCGACUACGAUAGCAACAGCAGCGACCCCUUCUCAAAUCAGAGCCACCCGCAAACCACGGCCAACAUUGCCCACAAUCGACGGGCUCAAUCGCCGCCAUUAGAAAAGGACGAGCGAGAGUUCACCCAGACCGCCUCGUCCCUGCAGCAACGGCGGAGAAGCCAGGAGGCUGAGCGCGAGCGAUCCGCCAGUGCUUCCGCUGAGCCAGCACGCACCAGCGAUGUCACCAUGGACGAAGUUUCCCAGUCUGUCGAAGAGACAGAGGAGAGCGCAGCCCGGAAGAACUCGGAAGCAGCGGCAGCACUGUUUGGCCACAUGGACCACCUCUCAAACUUCCAAGUGACCCAAGCCCCGAGCAGCCCUGUUGUGAAACCAAUGCUUCACAUCGACAUGCCACCACCGUCGUUCAAACCUCGCGAGGUAAAACUCGAGGUGUAUGACGAAGACGACUGGCACAUGAAGAGCCCCGAGACGAUUGAGCUUGAUGAGCUCGAUGUUCUCUUUGACGAAUACUAG